AGAGCAUCGAUCGCUUUCAUAAAACCAGGGGGCCGAGCUUGCCGGGCGCAGAAGGCAGGUGCCGUCUCAGCCCCGAGGCGCGCCUGGGUCUGUCCGGCUGCUGCGCCGUUCGCUGGCCCGGAGGGGGCCCCCGGGGGCCGGAGGCGGCUGGCCCAAGGGCAUGUGGCAGGAGCCACCCCCCGCUGCCCCCUGAGCCCCGCCGGCCCUGAGGACCAUGGAGCGGAGGUUGGCGUUGUGGCUGGGACUGCUGAUGCUCAGCGGGGACACCACAGGAGCUACCACAGAAGAGUGCUUCAGUGGCCGCUUCACCACCCGCGGGGAGUGCUGCAAAACCUGUAACCUCGGGGAAGGGGUCGUUCAACUCUGUGGGACAAACCAAACCGUCUGUGAGCCGUGCCUGGACAGUGUGAGCUACUCAGACACGGUGAGCGCCACCGAGCCGUGCAAGCAAUGCAAGGAGUGUGUGGGUCUUCAAAGUAUGUUGGCGCCCUGCGUGGAGUCAGACAACACCGUCUGCAAAUGCGUUUACGGCUACUACCAGGAUGAGGAAACCGGCGACUGCACAGAGUGCACCAUCUGCGGAGUGGGCUUUGGCCUCGUGUACCCAUGCAGUGAAUAUCAAAACACGGUUUGUGAGGAAUGCCCCCUGGGGACCUUCUCAGAGGAAGCCAACCAUGUGGACCCCUGUUUCCCUUGCACCAUUUGCGAGGAGAAUGAGAUCAUGGUCAGAGAAUGUACCACAGGAUCCGACGCUGUGUGCAGAGAGAUUCACCCACGGUUUUCAACAACCACCACAUUCCCAACGGAGUCCUACACCAAUGAUACUGACUUGGACGUCGAUGCAGAAUACGACCUAGAGGGUUCUGAGAACACUAUCCCUUUCACAAAUGAUCCAAAUGAGCUGGACGGCUUCGGGAGCACUGUUGCCGGCACAGCCGCCACAGUGAUGGGAAGCUCUCAGCCAGUUGUCCGAAGUGGCACCCCAGACAACUUCAUCCCCGUCUACUGCUCCAUCUUGGCAGCCGUUGUUGUGGGCCUGGUGGCGUACAUUGUGUUUAAGAGGUGGAACAGCUGCAAGCAGAACAAACAAGGUGCCAACAACCGCCCUGUUAAUCAGACACCUUCGCCAGAAGGAGAGAAACUUCACAGUGACAGCGGCAUCUCAGUCGACAGCCAAAGCCUCCACGACCAACAGCCUCAGACACAAACGGCAUCCAUGCAAAGCUUUAAAGGAGAUGGGAACAUAUACAACGGUCUGUUGGCCAACAAACGAGAGGAGGUGGAGAAACUGCUGAACGGAUCCACGGAGGAGACAUGGCGCCACUUGGCCGAGGAGUUGGGUUACAAGGAAGACCACAUAGACUCCUUCACACAGGAGGAAUAUCCGGUCCGCGCGCUCCUCUCCGACUGGUCUAGCAAGGACAGCGCCACCAUAGACGCUCUUUAUUCCGCCUUGCGCAAAAUCCAAAGAGGGGACAUUGUGGAAAGUCUGUACAGCGAGUCCACUGCUAGCUCACCAGUGUGAUGCCUGGAGGAGGGGUGGAGGAAGUGCGCUGGGUGGCAAGCUUGGAUCGCGCCCCCUUUCCUCGCUGGUGCCUCUCGAGCGAAAGUAUGUGAAGGAAAAACAGAGCUUGCUCCUCUCCCUGAUUUCUGGGGUCUUGGAGCAAUCCUGUAUGCACUGAAUUGAUUGCUGUCCCUCUACCCUACCCAGGUAUUUUCACCUAGUACCUCUUGCUGGUAGCAGACUGGAAAAUGCUAAAAGGAAGAGAGUAAAUGGAGUGGAUUUUGUUUUCUUUAUCAAAUAUCUCCUGGGCUGGAGGGCAGCGUUUUGUUGUUCCUGUUAAAACACAAGGUGGGCAAUCGCAUCCGGUCAAUGCCUCUCUUUCAGGUGCCUCUCUGACAUCACUGCUCGUCCCGCGGGCAUCUCUGCUUCCGAUCGAUGUCGCUUCUCUUUCCGCUCUCCCUCCAUUUAUGUUCAGUCACCAGCUCUUCUCUUGUACACUCCCUAAGCCAAGAGAUAAAGGGACGCUUGGUGGGACACAUUGCACGGCUCAACCAAGUGGGGAGUUCAGCCUUGGAAGGGAAUCAGCAAAGAGAUGUUUCGAAGACAAGAUGAGAGACCCUCCUCAAAGGAAGGAGGAGUGAUUCCUGACUGCUAAAACUGUCACUGCAUGAAGAUCAAACCUGGAAGGGUAGGGAUGGAGAGAAAAGGGAUACGUGGGCUUCCCCUUCACUUUUCCACCCACGAUCUCCACACAUCAAGAGCACCCUCAGUCUCCGUCUUCUACUUCUUGCUUUGAUGCAGUCCUGUAGUUGGUCCUGAACUUUCUGGCCAGCUUUGUUCCUUGAUCAAAAGUGGGCGGAGUCCUCUGAUGGGGUCAAAAGCCAUACCAGAGAGCAGAGCUGGAGAAACACCCGCAGCCAACCAAAAUAGCGCACGUGGCUCACGGGUGUGCGAAUUACAAAUCACUGUGAUACUCUAAGCCAGGCCAAAUGUCAUCUCUGUUGUCAUCCUAUCUGUUACACUGGUGAAAUAUCAGAAGCUAUGCCCUGUGUUCUUCCUCACACUAGUGAACCAAUCACUGUGGGUUACUAAAACCAUUACCUAUGUUGCAUUAUUUAAAGCAUCGUGCAGAGUCACCUUGGGGGGUGGCCAUAAGAUGUUGGGUGGAGAGAAGGGUUCAGUUGGUUCCGUACCAAUGUGUCCAAACUAGAAUUGGGUUUGGUGUCAUUCCCUCCAAAGCACCCCUGCUGGGGCUUGCUAAUUUUUUCCAUGGGCAGGGUCUGCAAAAUAAUACAGUGUAGUAACGGAAGGAAAGUCUCCCCAGGAGCUAAGAGGAGUCACUAAGUUUCCGUAGCCAACAAAAAUGUGAACUGAAAUGUUAUCACGUUCCCUAGCUUGAUAUAUAUUACAUGAUUUGUUUUUACUUCUCUUCUGACCACCGAAGAAGAACGUGCAAGCUUGCAGCGUUUUAAGGAACUAGCUGACCCAGUGAAGAGAUUGUCUCAUCACCUUCACUGUCUCUCUGAACUGGAAAAUGUAGAGAAGGGUGUUCUUCAAAGAACGUUAGGAAGGGUGAGGAGAAAAUCCAAACAGGUGACCAGGAAAGAAGGAAUCUUCUGCCAUCUGCCCUAAAUAGUGGUCAGGUAUGAUUAAAAAAUUCUCAGAAUCCUCCAGAGAAAUUGUACUACUCCUAUCAACAUUAUCUUUGCUUUAUUUGACUUGUUAUGUUGUGGUACCUGAACAGGAAUUCCAACCUUGCCAUAGACUUCUGCAUUAGGCAAAAAUGGAUCUGUGGUGCUAAACAGGUUUCUGAAAUCACAAUGACCCUUUCUGCUUGGCACAAAUAAAAUGUCUUGCAGACA